AUGGACGAUUCAGAAUCACUUUCCCAUCAAGUUAUUCUGGGCCCAGCCACAGUCAAUCAUUACCUUUCAUCUUCCAACCGCGGAACCAGAAAACUAAGAAUCCAUAGAAAUGUAAAAGUUGGAAGAGUUACGAAAAGUAUUUGCAAACACCAUGGCUAUGACGCCAUCACAUCACGUCACAAGCUUCUCCGGCUCCACGAGGGGUCCACAUAUGACGUGUCCCACAGAGAAAUCGAAACGUGGCAAUAG